CACUUGGUAGCCCAGGCUGGUUGAGGCGUUCUCUUAAUAAAGCUCAUCUGAAGAGUAACUGGCUCAGCUUCCUUCUCCUUGUACUAACCCAAAGUCAAUAGUUGAUAACAGUGAAGAAUCUAACCCAGACCCUAAUGUGUGCAUGCAUGCCCUGGGUUUUAUUAAGCAUCUAGAUCAAGCUUCUGACAUCCAGGAACUUGAGUGUAUCAGACAUGCAGGGGACACAUGUUAAACACACACUGUGAAUAAGCUGUACGCAGCUCAGGGUUCAGCAUAAACAGCCUUUAAGCAGAUGAUUAACAUCCCUUUCCAGUCAACCCCCUGGCAAUUUUGUAAAUAGGUUUAGGAUACAAACACCAGACUUGGCCAUUUGUCUGGCACGAAGGGCAUUCACAGUAUUGCGUAACUUUUACCAGAACGUUCUCAUCUUUCUGCACUGUAACUCUGAACCCACUGAACAAUUCCCCUCCCCCUCCUCAGCCUCAGUGGCUGAUCUGCUUCCAGCCUGGAAGUGGACUCCUGUGGUAUCUGCUGUUCUGUGUCUUGAUGACUGUGAAGUUCUUCAGCUUAGAGAAGCUUGGGGUCACCUCCACUUGUGGGCUUCUGUGAGUCAUGAGCUGGUAACAGAGCAGACACAGCCCUGCGGCCCUGCUCUCAGCUUGGGAUGCACAGCAUUGUCAUGUGGUGAUUUUUGGGAUGGCCCGGGAGGAAUCAAACUGUUUCCACCAGUUUUCACUCAGCAGUUUGCAAGGGUUCCAGUUUUUCAUAUUUUAACCAACUUUAUUAUCUUACUUUAAAAUAGAAAGAAAAAAUUCAGGCUUGGUGGUACAGGCUCCUGCUAUUUGGAUUUGAGGCAGGACGUAUAUUUCAAGGCUUGCCUGGGCUACAGAGUACGUUCAAGGUCAGCCUGGGCAAUUUAAUGACAAGUUGUCUCAAGGUAAGUGACUGGCAGUGUAGCCUAGUAAAGCCUUGUGCACGAUCCCUGGUGUCCCACCCAGAAAAGAGCCAUUUCAGUGACAGUGAAGUACUCUUUCCAGCCUGGCUUUGAUACGAAUUUCCUCAGUAACCAUAACUGAUGUUAAGACCCUUCCCUACAAGUUUUUCUGGGUCUUCCUUGUUACCCCACCCCCACCCCUUUUGAGACAGGAUCUUACGUUUUCCGGGCUGUCCUUAAACUCACAUGGAUGAUCUUGAACUUCUUUUCACCUCCUGAAUGUUGUGCCACCGUGCUAAGCUGGUGUGGCUGGAAUCCAGGGCUUUCUGAACGCCAGGCAAGCACUCUGCCAGCUGAACUGCAUCCCAGCCUCUCCCUGCGCCCCCAGUUUUUAAAACUUUAUGCAUGUUAUGUUACACACUACAGAGCUAGACAGAUCGACAGACAGACAGACAGAUAGAACAAAAUAGCUCAAUGUCUCACAACUCAAAAGCUACUUCUAGUAAUGAUAAUGGACAACAUAAACUAUGACAUCCAAGCAUGUGUUAGGAAAUCUAAGCCAUAAGAAAGGAGUGAAAAGAAGCCAAUGUCAUAUCGAUGGGUCAGUGCCCAUGAUCCCUCAGCUUUCGGUUGCUUCUGCUCUCUCCUGAGACUGUCCUGAAGCAGCCAUCACACCUAGGGCUUGGGCCUGCCUCCUCUUAAGACUUCCACAAGCCUUUCCAGCUGAGGUCAGUGCCCGCUCUGGAAGGAAGUGUAAAUGGCCACAGAGUGUUUGGUGGAAGUGUCCCUGGGUCCUUCCUUGUGUCUUUCUGUUUAGGGUCUGCGGUAUAAAUCACGAGCUUGUGCUGUGAAUAGUGAACUCUGCUCAGUGUCAGCGUGGGAAUCUGUUGAGCUUUGUCGAUUAGAUCCUGGACUCCUCUCCCCAGCCCUUGCUUGCCAGAAGGUGAGUGUGUGUGAUCGUAUUCACUCACACUCACCUUGUACUGGGGACAGAACUCGCGGCCAUUCCUGUGCUACAUAGGCACUGUACUAUUGAGCUCACCCAGCCUUUUUACAUCAUCUUAGAGGAUCUGGAAUCUGGAGCUGUUCCCUACUUCAGUCGAUCCCAGUAUCUCCCUUAGUUCCUUUGUGGGUCUUCAGCCAAGCGAAUCAGUCAAUACAAGGCUGAACAGCAGGAGGAGAGCACAUGUAUUGUAUUAAUGUUGCACAGCCCUGGAGAUUUCCACAAGGAGAUGUGGCCCAGAGAAAUGACCAAAACAUUGGACAUGGUGCCACACACCUGUAAUCCCAGCCCUCAAGAGGAUUAUGAGUUCAAGUCCAGCCUGGGCUAUAUAGCCUGGCUCAAGAAAUCGGGCUCAUAAUGCAGAAACUGUUGGCUGUCAUCUCACUGGGUGCCCUGUUGUUGGCCCUCCUCCUGUUCCUGCGACGCCUGGGCUGGGCCUUGCUAACCAUCUUCUGGUUUGAGUUUGCACAGCCAGUUCGCAAGCUGCUCAUGGGUGACACAAAGGAACAGCGCAUCCUUAACUACGUGCAGCAGCAUGCCAAGCCUGGAGACCCCCAGAGCAUCAUGGAUGCCUUUGACACCUACUGCUCAGAGAAGGAGAGGGCUAUGCAUGUGGGUGCCGUGAAAGGCCAAAUAUUGGAUGCAGUGAUUCGGGAGUACAACCCCUUGCUGGUGCUGGAGCUAGGAGCUUACUGUGGCUACUCAGCCACACGGAUAGCCCGCCUGCUGCCACCUGGAGGCCGGCUUCUCACCAUGGAGAUGAACCCUGACUAUGCUGCCAUCACCCAGCAAAUGCUGAACCUGGCAGGCCUGCAGGACAAAGUCACCAUCCUCAUUGGGGCAUCCCAGGACCUCAUCCCGCAGCUGAAGACCAAGUAUGAUGUGGACACCUUAGACAUGGUCUUUCUUGACCACUGGAAAGACCGCUACCUGCCAGACACACGUCUCCUGGAGGAAUAUGGCCUGUUGCGCAAGGGGACAGUACUUCUAGCUGACAAUGUCAUCGUCCCGGGAGCCCCUGACUUCCUGGAAUAUGUGCGGGGGAGCAACAAGUUCGAGUGCACACACUACAGCUCAUACCUGGAGUACAGGGAAACGGUAGACGGCCUGGAGAAGGCCCUCUACAAGGGUCCAAGCAGCCCAUGAAGUCUUAACCACUCAGCCUACCCUGAGAUCCCCUUCCAGCUUCCUUCUGCAAGAUGACACACACUCAUGCUGACCCCACUAUGCUUCUGCAGCCUGUCCUCAAGUGCUGUGGCUCCAGAUUGCCAACACUGGCACAGACUCCAGGUAGUGAGCUCCCCAUCCAAAACCACUGCAAUAGACCUGGAAAGCACCUGUGAUAAAAGGCUGAAUUGAGCUGGAGGUGCCAUGGUCACAGUGCCUGCCCCGCAUGCAAGAGGCCUUGAGUUUAAUCCUAAACACCAGAAAACAAAAGGGAUUAAAAAAAAGUCAAAGCAGGUGUCAUCCUGCUGGUGUCCUGUGUCACCUAAAAGAUUCUCACAGGGUCAGUGCCAGAGCGCUGGGCACUGCCAUCACCAAUAAGGGCCAGCCAGAAGUCAGGAAACUGGGAAUAUCCAGAUGCUGUUUGGCUGUUACCAGAUGUCCCCGACCACUCACCCUUCAUCUUGAGAGUGAGUCAUAAGCUCUCCAGGCUGGUGGCACACACCUUUAAUCCCAGCACCCAGGAGGAAAGGCAGGCAGAGCCCUGAGUUCAAGGCCAGCCUGGUCUACACAGUGAGUUCCCGGACAGCCAGGGCUACAGACUCUUGUCUUCCCGAGUUAUAACCCGUUUUCUAGUUAUGCUGUGAUCUUUCAUCAUCAAAGAAAUUCAAGCUCCUAAUAUUUGGAUACCAGAGAUCCACUCAGUUACUGUCUGAGCUACCACACUGCUCUCCUCCCUGCUGUACAACACGACAGUCCACCUCUGCACCAUCUCUGACUGGGUAGGCUGGGGACAGGUAGCUGGGGGGCCAUGCUGUCCCCUGCUGCUCUCCACCCCUGUGUGGCACUCAGGAGACACUCUCUCCAGCCCUGCUUCCUGACUUACAGAAGAGGA